AUGUGUUCAAGUAACUCCACUUCUCUUUCAGCUUCAGCUACACCUCUAGUAGAAGCAUUAUCAGAUCUAGCCCCCACCUCGGGCCCAACACCCCCAUCAAAUGUACUUGGGCAUUGCUCCGUAUUUGCCAUAUUUUAUGAAUAUGUUAAGAGUAGUGGCAUUUGUGGUUGUGGCAGCAAUGGUAGUGAUGACAAUGGUUGCAAUGGUGAUGUUGGUGGUGAUGAUGGUGGAAAUGGUAGUGGUAAUGGCAAUGAUGGUGGUGGUAAUAAUGGUGGUGAAGACGGUGGUGGUAAUAGUAGUGAUGAAGGUAGAGGUGGCAAUGGCGGUGAAGGCGAUGGCAACAGUAAUGAUGGUGGUGGCAUCAAUGGCAGUGGUGGCAAAAAUGGGGGUGCAUAUGGACUGGAGCUAUUUGGUUGUGAAGACGCCCACACGGAGUGUCCAGCCGAGUGCUUGGCCCAGGCACUUGGCACGGGUGAGGUCGGGCGAGCUAGUUUGCCAGUGUACCGGCCUGCCCCCAAGCACCAUGGCCGGCCCGCACAGUAG